AUGGCCGUUCUCGCAGCUUCCAUUUGCACCCACGGCGGUAAGGCCCUCUUGUCUAGACAGUUCAAGGACUUGUCCAAAGACCGCAUCACUGCCCUUUUGGCCAACUUUCCAAGUCUACUUUCCAACUCUGGAUCUCAAAACACAACCGUCGAAGACGACGCCGUCAGAUACGUGUACCAGCCAUUGGAAGAGUUUUACGUGGUUCUUUUGACCAACAAGCAAUCCAACAUCCUCCAGGACAUUGACACGUUGCACUUGUUUGUCAGUGUGGUGUCCAACAUGGUGAGAAGCGUGGAUGAAAAAGAGGUUUUCGACAAUGCAUUUGAGAUCUUGAGUGCUUUCGACGAGAUUGUUAACCUCGGUUACAAGGAGCAGCUCACAAUGCUGCAAGUGCAGACAUUUUUGGAAAUGGACUCGCACGAAGAGAAGAUCCAGGAGAUCAUCGAAAGAAACAAAGAAUUGGAGGCUUCUGAGGAGAGACGUCGCCGAGCCAAGGAGAUCCAGCGCAAAGAGUUGGCUCGCCGCAACUUGGAGCAACAGGCAGUGGGUUUCGGCUCUGGAGGCUCCGGAAUUCCUUCUCAGGACAACUUUGGCUACUCGGCUGCUCCAGCACCUGUUGCCACUUACGAAUCUUCUCGUAUUGAGCAAGAACAAUCACCUGCGCCAGAAUAUGCUACUCCACGCCCUAUGGGUGGCAGAGGCUUGCAAUUGGGCAAGAAGCCUGCGCGUGUUGCCCAGCCUGAACAGCACCAACCUUUGCUCACUUCGAAGCCUCCAGUGUUUGCCAAUGCAGCUCCAUUGUCUGCCCCUAGUGCCACACAUGAGUCCAGAGCACCACCUUCCGUUUCUACACCGGUCUCUGCUGCUCCAGCCACCGCGGCCGCCCCAGCUUCGGUUGCUGCUCCAGUUUCUGCUUCUGCAUCUCCAGCACCUCAAGGCUCCAGUAAGCCACAAAACAGCGGUAUUUUAGUUACGUUGAAUGAGAAAGUCAGCGCACAAUUGAGCCGUGAGGGAUCUCUUGUGGCAUCCGAGGUCAAGGGUGACUUGCAGUUGAGAAUCAACGACUCCGACUUGGCCCACUCCAAGAUCUUGUUACAAGUCGACCACAAGUCUUCUGCACAGUACAAGACCCACCCCAACGUGGACCGCACGUUGUUCACCAAGGAGUCUAUCAUUGGCUUAAAAGACAAGUCCAAGUCUUUCCCCAGUAACGACCAAAGCUUGGGUGUGUUGAGAUGGAGAGCAGUAGCUGCUAACGAAGACACCACCUUGGUGCCACUUUUGAUCACUGCAUGGGUCAGUGUUAAUGACGGUGUUGCUGAAGUGACGUUGGAGUACGAGUUGACCCCACAAUACCUUGAGGCCCAUCCAACACAGGAGCUGUUUGAUGAUGUUCAGAUCUUGAUUCCUAUUGCCCUGGACGAAGUUGAGUUGAGGGAAGAUGCCUCUGGAUUUGUGCUGUACGAAGUUAACGAGGAGGGUGUGUUGUUCAACAUAGCACAGAUUCCAUUUUCUGAUCCACUGGGCUCGUUUGAGUUCACUAUUCCUUCGUUUGAUGAAGACUCGUUGUUCCCAAUGGAAAUUGGCUUCGAAAUCGUUCGCCACGAAGGCGUUACCGAGGCAGACACCGCAUUUGGCCAUGUCCAAGUUGUGGAUGUCGUGUCGAACGAUGCAGAUGAGACGUCAUUGCCAUUUGAUUUGCAUCUGACAUUGGUGUCAGAGGGAUAUUCUGUCAAUUAG